AUGUCGACGAGUCCCAACUUCCCCACCGAGGGGACAUUUGUUACGACGCUCAACGGGAAGAGGUGCCCAGCCGCCGCCCGCGAGCACCACCAGUACGAGUUCAUCGUCUUCCUCGUCAAGCUCGUCUUCUUCGUCUUCUUCUUCGUCUUCUUCGUCGUCGUCUUCUUCGAGUUCGCCGCCGCCUGUACGGCUCCGACCCCUGUGUCUUCCUCGAUAGCUGCGGUGCCCACCCCUUCGGCGGCAGACCCUGCCGUUGCCUCACCACCGCAGAUCGGGCUUGCUCCAUCUGGCACCGCCUCCUCGGCGGCGCCCUUGACGACGACAGGUGCUGGCUCUGGGAGGCCAGCAAACAACCCACAGGCGCCCGACGCGGCUGAGAGCACGUCCGGGGUCAAUGUGGUCCCGGUUGGCGGGACCGCCGGUGGGCCUAGCCGCAGCGGCUCCGGCUCAACCAUCGCCGUGGCCGGCGGUGUCGUCGGUGGUGUGGCGGUCAUCAGUCUGGUUGCCUUUCUGAUAUGGUUCUGGAGGAGGCGGAUGCUUAGGAAGCGGCGGAGCACGCUCCUCACACCCUUGUCCGCCGAUCCGGCCUUUGGCCGGGACCGCCAAGGGGGAUAUAUGAUCGAGCGUGACAGCAUUGGACCUACCCCUCGUUCCACCAAGGUCAAGGUCGCGCUCAGGGCGCAGUACAGCCGUGUCCGUGGCCGCAUCGCGCGUAGCGGCAGCAUACGCAGCAUCUCCAGCACGAACAGCGGGCGUAGCGUUGAUAUGAACAGGGGCAACUCUCAGUUCAUGGAUUCGUCGCCCGUGGUCGACAGGGGCAGGAAGAACUCGUCCGCUAUGCCACUCAACGAUGCGGACGACUCGUCCUUCAAGGAACGGAUAGCGGCUGUCUGGGCCAAGCUCAGAGGGCCCAAGAUGCGUGAUCCAGGAUGGAACGAGAAUAAGAACGACAUCUUUGCCGCCCGGGGGCUCGGUGGCAGCAUGAAGGAAAAGGAGAACCCCAGAACAAGGCCAGUGACCAACAAGCCCGACUUCCUCACCCUACUCAACAUGGACGACAACGAGCUGGAUCGCGAGGCCCAGAGACGCCGGAUGUCGCGGUCCCGCGGUGGCAGCGACUCUUCUGUGCUGGGCGGCCUGAACCUGAGUUUCGGCCAGGACCCCUUCAGCGAUGUGAACGCCAUUACAAGCAACAGUGCCAAACCAGCCCCCUUCCUCGUCUCGGCCGCCAACAAUCCAUUCUCUGACGCAAAUGCGAUCCCGGGACCCGCCUACAACCCCCAACCAUCCUCGUACGUCGCCGACAUCCGCCGCUCGAGGGGACAGUCCGUGGGCACCACCGUCGACAUGAACCAGGUCAUGGACCUAAGGGUGGUCAAUGGAGGCGCCUCGCGGCCGCCCAGUGGAGCGACCUCGCGGCCAGGUGGAUAUGAGUCAACCAUGUACAUGCGCGAGAGCGCCGCAAGCUUCGAAAGCUUCAACACCAGGCGCAACAAGUUCCGGUCCGACCCCUUCGACCUGGAGCCGCUAUCUCAGGGCUCGAGCUCGUUCGACCGGUCUGCGGUUGCGUCGAGCACAUUCUCCACCAACGGCAGUAGUGGCGAUGGGCGAUAUCCCAGCACUAGCGGCAGCAUCCCGAUCGGACAUCAGUCUGGCAUGAGCGUGGGUGGCCGAUCCGUGGCCGGGGGCGACGUCAUCCGCAAGCCAGUGCCCGCCGCGCACGCCAGGGUGAACAGCCUGAGUAGCUCCAAGUAUACCAGCGGCAUCAGCGAGGGCAGCAUGGACGAGUGGAGCGACCCGGGUCCGGACGUCGGGCCCCGCGCCGCCUACAACGAGAACAGCCGCCGGACGAGCCAGGGCAGCGUGAGGAUGGGCUAUGCUUUAUGA